AUGGCGGCGGCGGCUCCGUCGCCGCUCACCGGGGUGGGCUGGGCCGCCGGGCCCGAGGCCGUCCCGCCGGGCUGGACCGCGAUCACGGUGACGACGGAGGGCGCGCCCGCCGUGGUGGGCAAAGGCUUCGGGCACCGCGGCGGAGGGUGGUACCUGUGUGUGCGCCCCGCGGCACCCCCGCCGUGCCCGGUGGUGACGGAUGUGCUGGUGCUGAGCGAGCGGAGCCCGCAGCCCCCCGGCUACACCCGCGCCCCCGAGUUCCCUGAACCCCGAACCGGCGUUUCCCGGAGGAAAAGGCUCCUGGUGAAGCUGGAGCAGCCGAGCGAGGCCGCGGCGGUGCUGGAGCUGCAGCUCAGUUCCAAGGGCAAAGUCCUGCCCCUCUACACCAAAAUCGGGGAAAUGGGGGGUUUCGCCAUUUGGUGCAAGAAGGGGCCGGUUGGGCCCCAGCCCAGCCCCGGCCCGAGGCCGCUCAGCACCGGGAUGGAGCAGCUCUCGCUGCAGCCCCCCAGGCCCCCCCCUCCAUCCAGCACCAAAGGCCGCUCCCAUCCCGAAUCCCUGCCCGACCCCUCCGGGAUCUACGGCCUCUCAGCCAUGGACGGAGUUCCCUUCGCCCUCCACCCCAAGUUUGAGCCCAAGCUCAGCUGUGGCCCCGCUCCAAUUCUGGCCGACCUGACGGUGAAAUCCCUCGCUGACAUCGAGCAGGAGUACAAUUAUGGAUUUGUGGUGGAAAGGACGGCGGCGGUCGGCUGCCACCGGGCACCUGAGCCCUUCCAGGCGACAUUCCAAAGGGAAUUCCAGAGCCUUGGAGCUGCUCCAGGAGGAAAUAAACCUGUUUUCUCUACCUAUCCAAGGAUUCCUGGCACGGAUUGGGAACACAGGGAGGGCACCUGGGGAGGGUUUAUUCCCAGACUUUUAGCCCCCAAAUCACCUUUUCCGAGGUGUUCCCAGGAUUUGGGAUGUCCUUUCCCACCGCGCUUCGGGGCUGGUUUAUUCCCAGUUUUCCAUGGAAUUUUCCAGCCCAAACACUUUUCAAAACACCUCGAUUUGAGUUUUUAGUUCCCAAAUUCCCCCAAAUGUUUCCUGGAGAUUUGAGGCUUUUCCUUUAAAUUUGAGGGUCUCCUUGAAAAUUUGAGGAUUUUUUUCCAUGAAAAUUUAAGGUAUUUCCUUGA